UCGGAGAUGGCCCGGUGUAUAAAUAUUGGAAUGUGCAGUCUCUCACUGGAGUAGAAGCAGCAGCUUCAAAUUUCAAUGUACUCAAACUCAGCGCAAGCCUUCAUUUUCAUACCCACAGCCUUAGCUCUUGUUACCUCUCUCCUCAUUCUCUUUUACAUUUCCUUCACUUCCAAUUUCUUCAUCCAAACACAUCAUCUCACAUUCACUCAUUCCACUGGCUAUUCAACACCCCUUUCAUCUUUCAACUCCACUUCACAUAAACAGCUGAACAUUUCAUUUCUUGGCUCUAUACAACAAAGUGUUAAUACUCAGAGUAAUAUUCAGAGUCAGAGGCAUAUGGAGUUCAAUGGAAACUAUGUGAAUGACAACGAGGUAUUCCAUGACAGAGAUGACUUUAUGGACAACUACAAAGAAAUGAAUAGGAGCUUGAAGAUAUAUGUUUAUCCUCACCAAAAGGGCGAUCCCUUUUCCAAUGUACUCUUGGCUGUUGAUUUUGAGCCAGGUGGAAACUAUGCAACUGAAAGUUACUUCAAGAAAGUUCUUGUGAUGAGCCAUUUUAUUACAAAGGAUCCUUCCAAUGCUGAUCUCUUCUUUCUACCUUUCUCAAUUGCACGGUUGCGACAUGAUCCACGAGUGGGGAUUGAUGGUAUUAAAGACUUCAUAAAAAGCUACAUCUUCAAUAUUAGUCAUGAGUAUCCUUACUGGAACCGAACCAAUGGGGCUGACCAUUUCUAUGUUGCCUGUCAUUCUAUUGGUCGUUUUGCCAUGGAGAAAGCAAUUGAUGUUAAGAUCAACGCCAUCCAAGUCGUCUGUUCUUCAAGUUAUUUCGUAUCAGCAUAUAUUCCACAUAAAGAUGCAUCCUUGCCGCAGAUUUGGCCAAGGCUAGGUGAUGACCUAAAUCUUGCACCUUAUAAGAGAGACUUGUGUUCAACAACAAAUCAGGAGGCAGGAUGGCCUUGGAGGAUGAUAUGGAAAAACAAAAUACCUUACAAGGUAAACUGUUUUUCCUGGCUUUUGGCAAAAGAAGCGGUGCUGACUCAUGAGAACCUGAACAAAAGAGGAUUUCACCUAUGCUCUAGAUGUUACUUAUGUGGGGAACAAGCAGAGACAGUCAACCAUCUUUUUUUUUUGCAUUGCAAAGUGACAGACCAAUUGUGGCAGUUCUUUCUCAAGAUAAAAAAAAUCAACUGGGUGAAAUCAGGAAGUAUAAAAGAAGUAAUGAAGUGUUGGAACAGAGAUGGUAAUGCAGCAAAGAAGGAAGAGAGAUGGAAGAUUGUCCCAGCAAGCAUAUGGUGGACAGUUUGGAAGGAGAGAAAUCAGAGAUGUUUUGAAGAUAAGCAGAGCAGCAAGCAGAAAAUGAAGAUGAAUUGUUUAGCUAUUUACUAUUUUUGGUGUAAACAGGAAAUGUUAGAUCAAACAGUAGAUAUUUUAACAGGUUGUAAUUUAGUGUAAAUAGGAAGGUAAUGUAAGCUGUAAUACUUUUGAAGGGGGACUACACAUUUGGAUGUAGCUAUACCUGUGGAAUUACCAAAAUUUCAAAAGUGAACAACUUUUGAAGGAUGUUUUCGA